GCUGCUUUCCACCUUUGAUGGCAAUGCACAUGCACGUCAGAAAGGAAGGCAUCACGCGACCUCAUAGCAGAAACGCAAGGAUCAGGACCGAUCAAGCAAAAGAGACCUCAUCUAGAAGCCUCGGCGGCCAGAAGCGACGAUGAAGCUGUCAGCAGAGCUGAUCACCCGCAGUGAUAACGCGCUCAAUACGCUUAAGGAUCGAGAGCUUUCAUUAAGAGGCUUCAAGAUUCCGGCGAUCGAGAACAUGGGUGUCACACAAGAUAUGAAUGACACGAUCGACUUGACCGACAAUGACAUCCGAUCGCUGUCCAACUUCCCAUUGCUCAAGCGCUUGAGGUCACUCUACCUCUCUAACAACCUCAUCGCGCGCAUCGACCCGCGGAUAGCGCACUCGCUACCGUAUCUAAAGACCCUUACCUUGACAAACAAUGGUCUUGAGAGCUUAGCGGAUGUCGGAAAUGCGCUGGCCAAGUUUCCAUUCUUGGAAUACCUCAGUUUGAUGGGGAAUCCGAUUGCUCGGCAAAAACACUACAGGGAAUAUCUCAUCUGGAGGUGCAAGAAAGUACGCGUACUCGAUUUUAAGAGGGUAAAGAAUGCUGAACGAGUGUUGGCAAAGUCUUUGUUUGAAACGAACGACGCCCGGCCAUCCGCACUAGCAGCCUCCAUUGCUGCGAAAGCCACGAUGACAUCGUCAGCAUUGAAAGGAAAGGCGUCGUCCGCAGGCGGAACGACUGGAACCUUUGAGCCGGGCCAGGCCAUAAUGGGAGCAGGUGCAGCAGGGCGGUUGUUGUCUGCAGAAGAGAAGCGCAAAAUCGAGGUCGCCAUCCAGAGCGCAAGCAGCCUCGAGGAAAUCACGAGGCUCGAGGAGAAGCUUCGACUGGGCUAUGCGCUCGAGGACGAUGACACUGGCCCUGCGAAUGGGCAGGCAGGAAAGAAGGGUGGCGCCGGAAAAAGUGCGCAGGCUGGUGGGCGUGGGCAAAAGCAACAGGUGCAGCAAGAGGAGGCGCAGAACGAGGAAGAUAUGGAUGAGGAUGAAUAGCACGCCUUUCGUUGUGUAUUUCUAUUUGUGGCAUCAUUGCACACAGCUGAUGCACGCAAUCUAAGACAACUCUGGUUGAAC